AUGGCUGAAAGAGGAAAGAUUAAAGAUAAGAUUACUGAUGAAGAAGCUGCAUUUGUUCAACCUGUUAAUCAAACAAAAAAUGCUACUCUCAAUCAACUCGAUAGAAUUAAAGAAAAAAUUCUUGAUAAACGACCUGGUCCAGGUGCCUCAGAUUUUGAAAAAGAGGCUUAUCGAAAACUUCUUCAAUAUGCUGAUGAAGGCAUGAUUAGACUUCGAAAUUGGAUCGGAGAUAUAUUUUCUAAAUUAAUCGACAUCGUUAAAACAGUCGUCAUAUGGAUCUGGGAACAUGUUGAUUUCAUUUUUGAAAAAAUUUCAAAUGCCUUCAAAAAUGUCUUUGAUAUAUUUUUUAAAUAA